AUGAAGUUUUUUUUGAAAUACUUCAGGCAACGUAAUUGGUUUGUUUGUUUGUUUUCUAUUUUUAGUCCGUAUAGACGCCAGUGCUUACUGCCCUGGUGGCUUCGCCCUUGCUACUUCCUAAUUAGGUUUGCAAAGCAAUUCUCUAUCUACAUGAUUGCGUGA